AGAAGAGAGAUGGAGGUGUCCUCUAUGAUUCCCUGCAAGGGCUGGACCUCCUGGCAGGGGCUCCUGCUCACAGCCUCCCUUUUAAUCUACUGUCAUUUAGCCACCACUGCUAAAGUCACCAUUGAAUCAGUGCCACUCAAUGUGUUCGAAGGAGACAAUGUUCUUCUACAUGUCCACAAUCUGCCAGAGAAUCUUCUAGUCUUUGCUUGGUUCAAAAGGCUGACAAAAACGAAACACAGAAUUGCACUCUAUGCACUGAACAUCAAUUUAGUUGUGCCGGGGCCUGUACACAGUGGUAGAGAGACAGUGUACCGCAACGGAUCCCUGUGGAUUCAGAAUAUCACCCGUAAGGACACAGGAUUCUACACCCUAGAGACCGUAAAUAGACAUGGACGAACUGUAUCAAAAACAACCAUGUACCUCCAUGUGUACAACAACUUAUUCACUCAUGGGUGCCCUCACACCUCUGCCCAGCUCACUAUCGAAUCAGUUCCACCCAGGGUUGCAGAAGGGUCAAGCGUUCUUCUACUUGUUCACAAUCUCCCAGAGAAUCUUCGAGUCCUUUUCUGGUACAAAGGUGUGAUUUUUUUCAACAAACUGGAAAUCGUCAGACACAUAGCAGAGAAGAAUUCAAGUGUGCCAGGCCCUGCACACAGCGGUAGAGAGACAGUGAACAGCAAUGGAUCCCUGCUGCUCCAGAAUGUCACAUGUGAAGACAUGGGAUUCUACACCCUACGAACUUUAAGUAGAGGCGUGAAAGUAGAAUCAGCACAUGUGCAACUCCAGGUGGACCCUUCCUCUUGUACUUGCUGCAACCCUCUCACUUCUGCCCCACUCACCGUAGAACCAGUGCCACGGAAUGCUGUGGAAGGGGAAAGCGUUCUUCUCCAAGUUCAUAAUCUGCCGGAAGAUCUGCAAGCCUUUUCCUGGUACAAAGGAGUGUAUAGCAGUCCUGUCUUUAAAAUCGCAGAAUACAGCAGAACCAAGAAUUCCAUCACCCAGGGGCUUGAACACAGUGGAAGAGAGACAGUGUACACCAAUGGAUCCCUGCUGCUCCAAGAUGUCACUGAGAAAGACUCAGGGUCUUACACACUUCAAGUUUUAAAAAGAGUUUCAGAAAGUGUAACGACACACGUGCAAUUCCAUGUGAACAAGCCCGUGACAAAGCCCUUCCUGGGAGUCUCUGACACCACAGUCCCAGUACAGAGCUCUGUGCUCUUCAGUUGCCUCUCAGUUGAUACUGGAAUCUCCAUCCGUUGGAUCUUCAAUAACCAGAGUCUGCAGCUCACAGAGAGGAUGACCCUGUCCCCCAUGAAUUGUGGACUCAGAAUAGAUCCUGUCAGGAGCGAGGAUGCUGGAGAGUAUAAGUGUGAGGCCUUCAAUCCAGUCAGUUCGAAGACCAGUCUCCCUGUCAGCCUGGUUGUGACAAAUGAGUGA